AUGCGACGAUGUUGGCCGAAAACAAGUAUUGGUACUGGUAGCAACUCAACUGGUGAUAAAAUUUCUGGAUAUCAUCCGGAUAAGUGUGGUGGUUUUGAACGUAAAGAUGCCUGGGACAUACGUGGAAAUGACAUAUUAACUUCUCCUAUACAACAACCUGAUUAUGCUAGCUGUUGUUCACAAUGUCAAGCAACUUUGGGGUGUAUUGCUUUUACGUAUUCGUCAGCAAGUCAACAAUGUUCGCUGAAAACAAGUAUUGGUAGUGGUAGAAGCUCAACUGGUGAUAGAAUUUCUGGAUAUAAUCCGAACCGGUGUAAUGGUUUCGAAGGUAAAGACGCCUGGGACAUACCUGGAAAUGACAUAUUAACUUCUCCUGUACAACAACCUGAUUAUGCUAGCUGUUGUUCACAAUGUCAAGUAACUUCUGGAUGUAUUGCUUUUACGUAUUCUCCAUCAAGUCAACGAUGUUCGCUGAAAACAAGUAUGGGUAGCGGUGUAAACUCAACUGGUGAUAGAAUUUCUGGAUAUAAUCGUGAGUGUAUCAACUGUCUGUUAGGGAGGGUUAUAUGAUCGGCAAGAAAAUCUCAACAAACAAAGUUGCUCCGUCGAGGUGUACUGAAUUAUUUAAAAAGGAUUUGAGAGAAAACUAUACUCUGAAUAACUUUCUUCCAACACAUUUGUUGAUGAAAAAUUUCCAUAACGAACCCCAGAAAAUCUUCCUUUAUUCAUGAAAGAAAUUCUCGUCACUGAAAAUGAGGAUGUAAUAAAUAAAGCUCUGUCGGUUUGUUAGUCUUGUGUCUUUCCAAUCAGAAUAUAUUGCUUCUUACAAUGGAAGGUCGGGAACUGGUGAGCAGCUAGAUUGACCUUGUCCGCAUGAAAUGAUUACUCUCAUCGAGAAACUAACGUAUCGAAAAUAUGAGCUGCUGAUGGCGUGCCCGAAGAGAGAUAUUCAAUUUUUAUGUUAUGCAUUAUUUGGGUAUAGAAGUAUGAUAAUAU